AUGAGCUAUCACAGGCUGAUCCCAAAAGCCGACCGCAAGAAGAUUCACGAGACGCUCUUCCGCGAGGGUGUCCUCGUCGCAAAGAAGGACUUCAACCUCCCCAAGCACCCCGAAAUUGACACCAAGAACCUUUACGUCAUCAAAGCCUGCCAGUCGCUCACCUCCCGUGGCUUCCUCAAGACGCAGUUCAGCUGGCAGUGGUACUACUACACCUUGACGCCCGAGGGCCUCGACUACCUCCGCGAAUGGCUUCACUUGCCCGCUGAGAUUGUUCCUCAGACCCACGUCAAGCAGCAGCGUAGCCAUGCUCCUCCUCGUGGUAUGAUGGGUGGUGAGGGUGAGCGCCGUGGUGGUGGACGUGGUGGACCCCGCGGUGAUCGUGAGGGUGGUCGUGAUGGAUACCGCCGCCGUGACAUGGGCGAUGCCCGUGCUGGAGACAAGGAGGGCGGCAUGGGCGGCUCCGGCUUCCAGCCAUCUUUCCGCCGUGAAGGUGGAGGUGAGGGCGGCGAACAGCGCGAGCGUGGUGGCUUCGGCCGUGGUCGUGGUGCUGCCCCACCAUCAGGUUAG